AUGUCUUUUGCCCAGCUUUCCACGCCCAACACUAGCCCAACACCUGGCCACCCAGGUCAUUGGGUAGUCACAGAGUUUGGUACGCCCUCGGUUCUCAAGUGGGAGGCUUUUGAUCCUCUACAAGAGCUGUCGGCCGAGCGCAAUGUUCUCAUCCGCAUUAUCGUUGGCGGUAUCGCAGGCGUGGACAACAUCAUGCGAGCUGGUGGCUAUCCCGAGCCAGAAGCCUCUCAGCCCGGUUUCACAACAGGUUACGAUGUCGUCGGUGAGGUCAUAGCUCUACAUGAGUCGACUUGCGAAAGAUUCAACUACGUCCGCUCCCUGGGCGUUGAGCCUAUCGACCGCAACGCUCCGGACCUGGUGGAUCAAGUUCGUAAGCUCACCAAUGGAGAAGGCGUGGACGUUGCAUACGACGGUAUUUGUAGCGACAAGAGCGUACAGAACUUUCUCGCUGCCACGAAGAAGGAUGUCGGCAAGGUCGUUGUGUUCGGUAUCAUGGGAGAGAUCGAAGAAGACGGUAGCAAAAUGCUCAGCAGCGUGGAUAAUAUCUUUGCAUCGCGCAUCAAGCCGCCACGAAUCAGCUUCUAUGCGCUUGAUACCGCCUUCCAUCGUAAGCCUGAAGUUACAGAGCUUCAUGCGAUCAUGGACAAGGUUCGUUCUGGGGAGCUUGAUCCAGUUGUAUCUAAGCUGCUCCCUUUGAGCAAGGCUGUGGAGGCACAUAAAUUGUUGAUUUCCGGGAGUACGAUCAAAGGAAAGAUGCUUUUCGUUGCUGACGCAGCAAUGGCUUCCGAGAUUGGUCUCUAG